GGCCGUGAUUGACGAGGGGUCGCAGACGGGGCUCAGGCCGCCGCAGUAAGGGGCGGGGGAGCGGGUACCCAAGGGGCGGUGUCGACGCGCACCCGGGCCUGCGGAGCGCGUCCCCGGCGCAGUUUUCAGCUGCUGUUUCACCUGCAAGAACUAGAGACUUGAUAAAUUUUUAGCACUACUGAUCUUGGUGAAUUGCCUCAAAAGAAGUGCUGCUCUGGUUAGCUUGCUGCCUGUACUGCUGAAAUAAUGUAGCGGAAAUGAUAGCCGAGCCCAACACAGCCAAUAACCUUCCCAGCCAAAAAGAGAAUGCUGUCCGUGAUGAGACUGUGCCUGAGUCUGCUGUGCAGAAUAUCAGCUGUGUGAGAAAUGGCAACCUGAAAACACCAAGAGAGAAGCGGAAGGUUCGACAGCAGUGUGAGAACAUAAGGAGAAGUUCUGCCAGUAGCAAAAGAGUGAGCCGGCUGCAGAAUGGCCAAGUGGUUGAGGCAGUUACGUUGUUUGAAGUGGUUAGCAUGGGGAAGCAGGCUAUGCAGUCUGUAGUAGAUGACUGGGUUGAAGCUUAUAAACAAGACAGGAAUGUGGCACUUCUAGAUCUGAUCAACUUCUUCAUUCAGUGUUCUGGCUGUCAAGGCAUGGUGACAGCAGAGAUGUUUCAAAGUGUGCACAAGAAGGAUGUAAUGCAAAAAAUGACAGAGAACUUUGAUGAGGAAAGUGGGUUGCAGUACAAGAAAUUCAUCGCCUAUCCCUGGAUCCUGACAGUUACUUGGCCGGUAGACAUGGGCAAUGAAGACUACCCAUUGAUCAGAACAGGACCCUAUUGGAAGAAGUUCAAGGCCAAUUUCUGUGAAUUUAUUGCUGUGCUUGUCCAACAAUGCCAGUGCAGCAUCCUGUAUGAUAGCUACUUGAUGGAUGCUAUCAUCUCACUGCUUACGGGCUUAGCAGACUCCAUGGUCAGAGCAUUUAGACACACAAGCACUUUGGCAGCAAUGAAACUUCUGACAGCAGUUCUAAGUGUACGUCUGAACCUUGAUGUCAACAAGCACAAUGCACAAAGAUUAUAUGAGGUGGAGAAGAAGAGGAUAAGUGGCAAGAGGACCAAUUACAGACUUGAUCAGCUAGAGAGAAAAAGGAAAGAGUAUGAACAUAAGCUUCUGGAGAUACAGAAUAUGAUGAACGCUAUUUUCAAAGGGACCUUUCUAAACCGUUACCGUGAUGUGAUCCCUGAGAUCCGAGCAACUUGCAUUGAAGAAAUUGGCAGAUGGAUUAAAACAUACCCAGAUGCUUUUUUAAAUGAUAGCUACUUAAAAUACAUUGGGUGGAUGCUGUAUGAUAAGCAAGCUGAAGUGCGGUUGAAGUGUCUUCUGGGACUGCAGGGAAUUUAUAGCAGAAAAGAAUUUGUGUCCAGAAUGGAUCUCUUUACUACCAGGUUCAAGGAUCGAAUUGUGUCCAUGCCUCUGGACAAGGACCAUGAAGUAGCAGUUCAAGCCAUGAAACUCUUGAUGCUUAUGUCACAGAACUGUGAGGAUGUGUUAUCAGCUGAGGACUGUGAAACGUUAUACCAGUUUGUUUAUACCACACACCGUCCGCUUGCAGUAGCAGCUGGGGAAUUUCUUUAUAAAAGGUUGCUUAGUCAUGGGGGAGAUGAGGAAGCUCAGCCCAAAGGAGGAGGGAAGUUUGGGGCGAGUACUGACCAACUGAAAAGAUUAAUACAUUUUUUCAUGGACAGUAAGCUACACAAACAUGUUGCAUACCUCAUAGACAGCUUGUGGGACUGGGCAGGCAAAUUCCUGAAGGACUGGGAGUGCAUGACCACUCUUCUAUUAAAAAAUGCUGAAGAAGAUGAAGAAGAACUGAGUGAUGCCUAUCAAAAUGCCCUCAUUGAAAUCAUCCUCGCAACAGUUAGAGAAGCAGCUGAAGGUCAUCCUCCAGUGGGCAGAGGUGCAGCCAAAAAAAUUCUUUCAGUGAGAGAGAAGAAAAUACAAUUGGAAGAUUGUACCAAAAUUACUGAACACUUUAUUAUGGUGCUCCCUCAGCUCUUGGCAAAGUAUUCAACAGAUGCACAAAAAGUGGCAAAUCUUCUGCAGAUUCCCCAGUAUUAUGAUUUAGAUGUUUACAGUACGGGACAUCUAGAGAAGCAUUUGGAUGCCUUGCUGAGAGAGAUGAGGGACAUUGUGGCCAAGCAUUCUGACAUGUCUGUCCUUGAGGCUUCUUCCAGGACUUAUUAUGUCCUCUGCAGUGAAGAGAUUGCCAUCUAUAGCCAGGUCGAUCAUGCCCGGUCUCAACUGAUAGAUGAGUUGAUGGGACAGCUUAAUCAGCUACUAGAUGGCUUCUGGCAAAAGGAAGAAGGAUUUUGUAUGGAUGCAGGAGAAACUUCCCGGAUGCACUGUGUUUUGAGAAGAGUAGCAGCUUUUCAUAAUGCACACGAUCUCACCAAGUGGAAUCUGUAUGAUAAGACUUUAAGGUUGCUGGUGUUUGAAAUGGAACAUGGGAGUUUGCCUGUUCUGGUUGUCGUGCCAGCUCUCCAGUGCACAUAUUUUUCUCUCCUGUGGCAACUAGCUGCAGUUUCAGAAAAUUCUCCCAAGGAGACUCUUUUUGCACUAGGAAGGGAGCUGAGACAUUUCAGUCAGAUUUGCAUGCACUUCCUCCACCAUAAGGAUAAAGAUGUAAAAGAAAAGGCCUUCCUAAUACUCUGUGACUGGUUGCUGAUUUUGAGUCAUCAGGAUGCAAAUAAUAAUGAAGAAGUAGUUGGACUUCUAGAUUAUCUUCCUAGCACAUCCCUUCAGGAAAAACUGCUUUUAUUUAUUCAGGAACAUGUUUUCAGGGGGGAAGAAGAGGAAAGCAAAGACCUGACAGAAGAGGAGGAAAGCAAGGAUGAAAGUUGCAAACUUGACAACUUGCACAAAAAGCGGAGUCUUCUUGCAGCAUAUUGCAAGUUAAUAGCAUACAAUGUGGUAGAGAUGACUGCAGCUGCUGAGAUCUACAAGUAUUAUGUUAAGACCUACAAUGAUUUUGGAGACAUAAUUAAAGAAACUUUAAGCAAGACGAGACACAACAACAAAAUUCAGAGUACCAAGGCACUCAUUAUCUGUCUGCAGCAGCUGUUUCAGGCACAUGCAGAAAGCCACGACAGCAGUGGUGGUUUGGACUUCUUCUCUGCGUCCUUCACAAACAUGAAAGAACUUGCUCGUCGCUUUUCACUAACAUUUGGCUGGGACCAAGUGAAAUCUAGAGAAUCUGUAGCCAUGAUACACAAGGAAGGGAUUGAAUUUGCUUUUCAAGGAGCUAAUGGAGUACAUGGAAAAUGCUUGCCUCCUAACUUGAGCUUUCUGUUAAUCAUCAGUGAAUUUUCCAACAAGCUGCUAAAGCCAGACAAAAGACUAGUGUAUGCUUACUUACAGAGGUAUGUAGCAGAACCACUGCCUUGCAGAGGAGACGAAUGGCAGCCGUUGAUUUGGUACAGGAACUCGUUAUUGGCAAAUGAAGACGAGGAGAGCUCUGUGCUUGGCAGUUCAGGAGAGUGGUCCCCUGUGGGCACAUCUAAGACGUCUUCUUUUAAAAGGAAAUUGUCUAAUGGGUCUUUGCCUGAAACCAGCCAGACUGAGGCCACAAGGAAAGCUCCAGAGCCACAGUCUGCUUCCCAGCUUGCCUCUGCAGCAGGCAAGAGCAGGAAGAGAUUGAAAUCUCAAGAGAUGCACUUGCAGGAACGCCUGCCAUUCCUUUGUCCACGAGGACUGCGUGGAAGAUCCUGCAAAUAUGAGAUUAAGACAGAAGAGGUCUCAGAGGAGGGUCAAGCAGAGGACACAGCUGAAGAUGUUGAUGUUGAUGUGGUUGGUGCAGACCAGGACAGUUAAGACACUGAGAGGAUAAAUGGGAGUGGAGAACACGCUGCCAUUGCUUUCUGCAAAUUAUUUAACUGAAAAUGGGGUUGUGAUAGCAUUGACCAAGGCAGCAGGAGAUGCAUGUCAACCCUAACCACUGCCUGCGGGCUCCCUCCAGAAGCUGGUGCUGGCACUGGUUGGUUUCUCCAUGUUGCUGUUUGUGGGUUACCAAUUUGGGUGUUGCACCUAUGAGGUUGCAGGUGUUAUGAACAUGAUUCAUUGCUCAGCUGCAUCUUGGUCCUUGAUGCUGCCCUGGAGAAACUCCCAACCUAAGACUUAGAAUCAGGGUAUUGAGUCAAGGGCUCUGUAAACUAGGUGAGGCAGACUUGCUCAAGCCCGUUCAGCGGCAGCAUUCUGACAGUAUAUUCAUUGCCAUUUGAGAUAACCAAGAUGGACAUCUAAUUGUUUCUUUCUACAAAUGCUGGGAAGAAAGGAGCCUGCCCCACUGCAAGCACUAUGACCUGCUGGGUGGCAGCAGAUGACCUGUCUGUGUCAUUUCCUGCUUGUGCAAUGGAAAAUCUGGAUCAAAUCACCUGAAAGUAUUUGUAAAUUCCAGUGGUGGUGGUGGUGAUCCAUGUAGAUGGGGACAUGUUCUUGGGAGGUUUGCAUCAAGGCCUCCAAGUAACAAAGAAAGAAACAGCAGGCCAGUUGACCAAGUAUUUUCCUCUGGAAAAAAUUGUUCAUACAGAGUGAUCAUGGAAAAUGUAAAGCCUGAAAAGGCAAUGUAAAUAGUCUGUAAAUAUGGUCCUUCAAAAGGAUUUUUUCAGUGACAAUCUGCCAAUGAUCUUCAUGCAAGAGUGUUUCAGAGGCAGUAGGCUAGGGAGUGCUGACUGCCCCUUUGUCACCACACCAUGGAAUUGUACAUUGCAUUAAUCCCAUCAGCUUUAUUUCUUUUAUUUCUUUUUUUUGUAUAUAUAUAUAUAUUUGGAUUGUAACUGUGUAAAAUAAAUGACAGAACUAUUGCCAGCCAUUAGUACUGAAUGUGCCACUUCUGUUCCCUCACUGAGCCUGGAGGAAGAGCAGCAGCAGUGCUGCAGGCCUUCUGGUGUGCCCUGUUACUAAGCAGACUGAGAUGGGAGUUCCCAUGGACAUGGAAGUGAAAGCCAUGAAUGGCUCCUGGUCGUUAUCAGCUGUCCUGAAGUGGCAGUGGUAAAACCAUUAGGGUUCAUUUUGCACAGUUAGUUAAGCAUGCAGUAGGUGAGCACCAGGGAGAGGUGGCACUGCUCAAUGUGGUGCUGAUUCUCACUCAGAUCAGCUUGUUCUUGGCUCCCUUGCAAUUCCCUCCCCCUGCCCCAAACCAGGAAUGUGAUUGAUAGUGAUGUUUCCUUUCCCCACCUUAAUCUGUGGAUUGGGGCCUGAGCAUUUACAGGUGGGCAGAAUACUGAUGGACUAAGCAUGCAGUUAUACCUGGGGACACAUCAAGCAUGCAGAUGCUUUCAUUCUUGUAACCAAAGAUGAGGGAUGGGAAUUGCCUUUCCUGGAGAGGUAUAGUCAUCUUUAUCCUUCAUCUGUUUAUAAAGAAAAGGCACUGCCAUGGUAACACCAUGAUUUGUUCUACGGGGUCUGGUCUGCGCAUAUGCUUCAGGAAAAAAGGAGCUUGGUUAUCACAGAUACAACAGCAGGAUUUAGUAGCCACUUUGUUAAACACAGCAGCAGCUACAGGCUCUGCAGCAGAGACCUACCGUGUACCACAGCACCAGCAAAGAAGUGUCAUUGUCAGUAAGAGUGAGGCAACAAUUUCAAGCUGCUGUGACACUGAUGAAUAUCCAUGGAAUGUGUCAAUAGCAAACAACUGAAAGGGGGGGACAGACAAAAGCGCUGAAUGCCCACAACAAAUUAGUGCACAUCACUGAUCAAGUAACAUUUAUACAAAGGAUUUUAAAAAAAUUGGUUCCUUUCUCCAUGAAUGAACACACUCAUUUUAGAUCAAGUAUGAAACAGACUUCAUCAUUAAAUAAUCCUUUUGUAAUGAACAUCAAUGAAAAGACUGAAGUUUAAAAGGGCAAGCAGAAUUAGAGUUGGGGUAAACAAGGACCACACAGAGAAGAGAAGCAACUUGUGUCUCAGGCAUUCGCUUUCCUUGUUGUGCACUGAGAUGCUCAGCUUGUCAGGUCAGACUCCGCUUGCAAGCGCGAGCUGAGUCGCACUCUCAUAGUCCUGACUCCUCCUUGCCCUGGGGCCACCUGCAGUGCAGGCCUGGUGGCAAUGGUCUCCUCAUAUCCCACACCAGGACAGAAACAGGAUGGAGACGGUCAGUGCACCACACAUCAACUUUGAGAGUUACACAGUUCUCUUAAAAACAGUAGACUACUUGUCUCUAAAGUCAAAUAUUGUUAUUCUUUCCAAAAGGAAUUACACAACAUCUGUAAAUAAAUAUUUUAAAUCUAUUUUACAAACUAUAGGCUAUGGAAUAAAUAAAAAAAAAUUCAUCAUUCCAUACAAAUGCACUUCUUUUAUUUAAAAGGUAGUGUAGUGAUUAAAUAUUUUUAGCACAAAACUAAGCUGACUCCCUGGCAACAAACCCCGCUGAACAUACAGGCAUGUAGCAGACCCGCUGCAGACUGUCCCUUCUCUUCUGCAUGUGCUGACCACGAGUAACUGCUACUCAAAGUCCUCUUUGUAGUCAUACUCAUCCAAGUCUACAUCAGCCAGAUGGGAAGGCACGUCAAAAAAUGGUCUUUUUUCCAUUUGGUACUUGAGGACACUGGCCUUCUGGUGGUCUGCAGGAUCCAGUUCUGCUUCAUACCUGGGAGGAGGCGAAGAGAAAAUGAAGGAGUCUGCCUGCAUCAGGAACCAACUAAAAGUCAGAACAGUGGCAAGGCACUUGCAGGAAGAAGAUGAAAAAUUCACACUGGAUUGUCAAGCAGUCACUUCACCUCAGGCAGUCAUUGCAGCCCGUCAGUGCAGGAAGGGAUUUUAAGGGAGUUUUGGUACUACUCAGAAACGUAACACGCUCAUAAGUUUUGCUCCAAAGCUCCAUCCAGCCUUGCCUUGAACAAAUCCUCCAUAUGGUUGUGUGCAUGAUACUUGAAACACUUUGACAAAUUACGAAGUAGUAGUUAAUGGAGACAACAAGCAUCACAAUCUAUGCCCCAAAGAAACAAAGCAGCAAAACUUAAGGAACACUGGGAUAACAGUUUUUAUCCAUCUGUGCAGAAGGUCAACAGUUGAACUACGGCUUACACAUCAAACCCAACAAGGGAUGCAGAAAGUAACUAAAUAAAAGGCACCAUUUUGGAGGCUGUGCUUCCACAGGACAGUGUUUUUCUUAACUGUCAGUUUUUCCCCUACAAGAUCUGUAACAAAUCUGCUAAUGCCAAAACCAGAGACAACCUACAGGUGGAGAGCCAUUUGAGCUGACAAACACCAGGCUCAAAUAAAUGAGAACUGGAUGUUUCACACUGCAUGUUUUAUCAUGCAUCUUCUCCAUAUCUCAGCAUACUCCCUACAUUAUCCUUACCCUAACACACUGGUUUUCCUUAAGGAGUGCAUUUACAUAAUGAAGGUGUACUUUGUCAAGUUUUAGGGUUAUUAGGAUUCUGGUUUAAUACCUUUAAUGUAUUCUCUGUAUUGCUGAAGCUGUGCCUAUACCAGGGGAAGAACAAACUUCAUGGAAGUACCUGAAAACUAGGUGUUCCAGACCUCUUAGAAGCUUACUGAAAACUGAAUAUUGAAGGUAAAUCUUAAUUUUUUUUAAUAAAGUUUAAUUUGAGAAGCA